AUGGAUAUUUUAUUUGAAUUUCGAGCUAUUGAGAUUUUCUUUCGGAAAGAUGAUGUUGAUUUAAAUCUACUCCCGUGCUCCGACACCAAGGUCGCCAGGUCCGACGGCUUCAGCUUCGGGAUUGCUUUCGCCUCCCGUUACGGCGCUAACUCCACCUCCCAGUUGUCUCCGUGCGACACUAGACUCUCGCCCUCUCCGUCAACUCCUCUUUCGCUCCGGUCCGUUCUCUCUCUCUCUCUCUCUCUCUCUCUCUCUCUCUCUAAACAGUUGCAUUUCGUUUUGGAUAAUUAUGGGGCAUAUAUGGUUGCUUUUGCUGGGCAUAAAUAUGCUGCAAGGUCUACUGCGGCUUUUGUUGCCAAUAGUACCUACACUGUCACCAGCUUUACUCUUGUGCUUGAGUUCACCGAGGGCAGGCUGCAGCACCUGCAUUGGAAAAGGGAUGGGUGCGUCAAAUGUUCUGGGAGCUCCAGGUUCAUUUGCCUGCACAAUCGGGACUGUGCAAUCAAGACAAACAUCUACAAAACCCAUGGAGGCACUGUGGAUUGCAGUCUCAGGAUCCAAUUGGCAUUUUCUGGGACGGAUAAGCACCUAUCCGUUCUGAACUCAUGGUAUGAAGCACAGAACCUUGGUCAGUACUCCCUUUAUGGUCUGUAUUCAAAUCUGAAGGAUUCUCUCACUAGCCAGUAUAACAAGUUUUUCUGA